CCAGAUUUGCAGUUUCCCCACUUCUUCCUCCAGGUUUGCACACGCGUACGAGACCAAACCUCUCGGCGGCUUGACGUCUUUGCCUUGCUUCCACAGUGCACAGUCCAGUCACCCAUCUCUUCUUCCUUCCCCUUUCGAGCUCCCGAGCUCCGUCAGUGUCCAUUUAUAGCCUGCUCGAAAGUGCAGUGAGAGUCCCCCUCCAUGGCCGCUGGUCUCUCGGGCUCCACCAUGGCCAGCUUCGCAGUCAAGAACCCUCUCCUCGCCGCCGCGCGGUACCGGACGCUGCCUUCCCGUGCCGGCCGGCCUCUCCCGUUCUCCCCGUUCACGCGGACGGCGCGCAGGAGGGGGCAAGAGACCGUCACGUGCUUCGUUCCGCAGGAGCCGGCGACGGUGCCGGUGCCUUCGCUGGAGGAAGAGGCGGCGUCCGCGGCGGCGCGGCGCGUGGCGGAGAGGAAGGCGCGGAAGCAGUCCGAGAGGCGGACGUACCUGGUGGCCGCCGUCAUGUCCAGCCUAGGGGUCACCUCCAUGGCCAUCGCCUCCGUGUACUACCGCUUCGCCUGGCAAAUGGAGGGCGGCGAGGUGCCGAUGACCGAGAUGCUGGGCACGUUCGCGCUCUCCGUCGGCGCGGCGGUCGGGAUGGAGUUCUGGGCGCAGUGGGCGCACAAGGCGCUGUGGCACGCGUCCCUGUGGCACAUGCACGAGUCGCACCACCGGCCGCGCGACGGGCCCUUCGAGCUCAACGACGUCUUCGCCAUCAUCAACGCCGUGCCGGCCAUCGCCCUCCUCGCCUACGGCUUCUUCCACCGCGGCCUCGUCCCCGGCCUCUGCUUCGGCGCGGGCCUUGGGAUUACGCUUUUCGGGAUGGCAUACAUGUUCGUCCACGACGGCCUGGUCCACCGCCGCUUCCCCGUCGGCCCCAUCGCCGACGUGCCCUACUUCCGGCGAGUGGCUGCCGCUCACAAGAUACACCACAUGGACAAGUUCGAGGGCGUACCGUAUGGGCUCUUCCUGGGACCCAAGGAGCUGGAGGACGUUGGUGGCCUCGACGAGCUGGAGCAGGAGCUCGCCAGAAUCAACCGGACUCGGAGCAUCUGAGCUCUGGACAUGGCGUGGCGGCAUAUGCAGCUAGAAGAACCUUGUGAUCUCAUCUAGCAGAUGAACUCCAUUUCAAGAAUUUUUUUUCUUAUCUUUGGUGGUUGCUAUAUAUUGAUUUAAUUGAUGGUGCUGGACAUGGGGAGCCAGACCAAGAAGCAAUCUGAUGGUCAGGUGGUGGCGGUGUACUCCCUGUUACUCGGCUCCAGAGGGCGUGGAUGUGUCUAAACAGCUAUAGGAAGAAGCACAGAUGGUUCAUGAGGUUGUGACUUGAUUUUUUUUCCUGCCUUCGUAGUCUCACCACGUCCACAUUUUUGUUUAGUGGAGACCCAACUCUCCAUGUCUUGUUCUUAUAUAUGGCUAGAAACUACUCUUCUGUGUAUAACAUGUAGAGAAGGCUGUGAACCACUUCGGUGAAAGUAAAGUUGGCGGUCGGCAAGAA